AUGGAGAAUGCAGUCUGGCAAUCCUGGAGGGCAGACACCUAUGAGAGUCCUGGGGUGCACGCCCUCCAUCUGAGUACUGAGGAGGGUGUGAAGACGGAGAAUGACCACAUCAACCUGAAGGUGGCGGGGCAGGAUGGCUCGGUGGUGCAGUUCAAGAUCAAGAGGCACACCCCACUGAGCAAGCUGAUGAAGGCCUACUGCGAGAGGCAGGGCUUGUCAAUGAGACAGAUUAGAUUCAGGUUUGAUGGGCAGCCAAUUAAUGAAACAGACACUCCAGCCCAGCUGGAGAUGGAAGAUGAGGACACCAUCGACGUGUUCCAGCAGCAGACGGGAGGCAUGGCCUCCAGAGGGACCACCCCACACCCUGCCAUCGUCCUUGCAUUUGUUAUUGAAUGGUGAGCGACCACGCUGAUCACAGAGGAGUCCGAGAAAGACAAGGACAGUCACCGAAACGAUCCUCGAAGCACCUCAAGUGCAGCUCAAAACUCUGCAGGGAUGAGUCUUCAGCUUACAUUGGGCCAAUCACAUUGUUCUCUUUGUGAAAUGAGUUUUAAGGUUUUGGGUUUGUUUUUGUUCUCGGUUUUGUUCAUUGCCCCUCUCAAAACAUGUUUUCCUUCAAACUUGUGGCCAAAUGUUGGCUUUCAGUCUGUGGCCAGGCUCUCACCCCUGGAGAAGUGGUCACUGCUGGAGCUACUUGUCCGAAUCACGUGGAGAGCUCAUGUUCACACUGUGCAUCUGUGGGAGAGAGUGGGGGGUGGAAUUCCACCAGGCGCAUUAUUAAAAUUCUAAAAGCUGCAAAUGACAGACUUCAUCAAGCAUAUGGUAUAGUUGAAGGCAAAAUACUGGAACACUUCUUCAAAGGUAAAAAACAAAAUAAGUCCUUCAGUAAUAAGGCCCAAGUGCUUUCUGCUCCUGAGUGUAUCCCCUCUGGGUCUGAGGCCCAGGAUGCCACCUCUGCACUCGGUGCUUGGGUGUGGGUAUGUGGGCAAUGAUGGGCACAACCAAAACCAGCUUUUCUUUUUUCAAAACCAGGAAAUAAUUACCAUGUUUCUCAUUUGGUAAUUGUAUUGUGGCCUCAGAUUUACUUCUAACAGAUAAUUAUGGUCUUUAUGUAAAGUAAGAUGAAAUAUCACUGAAUUUGCAGUUAUGUUGUAUAAAAGAGCUGCUUCAAAGUGUGGUUGCAAAAGAAACCCACAGAAAGGUGACUUAGUGUUCUUAUGGAUUUUUACUUUGCCACUGUCCAAAUAAGUAUCGAAAUUAUGCAUUAGAACAGUGACUCCAGUUCUGUGAGAUAUUUGGGAAUCUUUACCAAUUAAAAUGUUCAUAGUUCUGCCUAUUGUCCUGUAAGGAUCCAUUGCUGCUUGAUGGCCAUUCUCUGCCUUUUAUAGUCCCCUGAUGGUGACCCAUCACCUCGCUUGCUUGAGAUCUUGCAGAAAUGUCCUCAUUUCCUGUUUUGCUGUAUGGGCUCUGGUGGGAUGUUGUUGGCUCUGUUGUUUGUUCACCAAUUUGUACAUUAUGUUACCCUUUACUACUGUAAACAGUAAAGAUAGUUUGGUAUUCUGU